GAAAGCAUGGCAUUUUGUGUCAAACUGAUCUAAACUCCAUUUUAUACAAAAUAAACUAGUGCAUCCACACACAAGCAGUUUUUUAUGUGAUAAAGAAUUAUACUUUUACAUUUAUAAUACGACCAAAUCUCAAGUUUCCUGCAAUGGGUUUCGUUUUAAGUAGAUCAGUUCAGCCUAGAGAUUCUGUCGCCUACAAAAACUACCUGACAGUCUACAGGAAUCAGCACACGCAAAUGAGUUCCAAUGAUGCGUACUUAAGUGCGGCACGUGUUUGGGGAACUCUAUCGCAGACUAAGCGGAAUCAAUAUGCUAACAUGAAGGAUUACUCACCCAAAAUGAUUACGAAGCAACCCAAGCGGGUGAGGAAUGCGGCUGCUCCUAAAAGGAUUGUUAAAACGAUUUCCAGGCCGAAGAGAAUUUCUCAGCGGCGGAUACGCGAUAAGCCGUCUGUUUACAAGCCGCUAACCAUCAACAGAUCUCACGUAAUACGGAAGAGUUUGGUCCCCUCGAAUGGCUUUCUAAACUUAGUGCAGUGUCUCCAAGAGAUCCAUUGCGAAAUGCCAAGAUCCUUGGCCGUGAAAGAGGCUGUUAGUUCCUGGUGCGCUAUGAAUGCGGAUCAGCGUGGCAUUUUCACAUCGGACUUAUAGUCAUCAUGUCACCCACUUCACUCAAUCAAUGCCCCACGCAUGGCCGCCUGUCACGAGAGAAUCCAAUUCGGAAUCAAGCUUAGCCAAGCGGUUACACAAUCGCCGUAAGUUCCGCGCCCAAACACAUGUACUCCAUCACGCAACCAGCGGCACGAAAGUCCAGAGCAACAGUAUUAAAAUUAUAAGCAGGAGGAGCAGGAGGAGCAGGAAUAGAAACAGAAACAGAGCCACAAUCAUUCACAUUUAAAUUAACAUUUCCCGCCGACGAUUAUCCUAAUUGCGAGCUGGCCUUAGCCUAGUCGCUCGUCCUGGCCAAAGAUGUGGAAUAUGCGCCGCUUUCCAUUCACUAUUUACAUUCACGUCGGUGACACGCGGCACGCGAGAUUCAGCUAAAAAAUGGAUUCAAUGUAACGCAAAACAAGCGAGGCCUCAUAAAAAUGAAAUGCGGAUAAAUCAAAUUAGCAUUUUGUACAAAUAGCAAAGCAUUAGCUCGCGUACGGCGGCAAUUUGUAAUGCCAGAAGGCCGAAAGGAGUCUUGAGGAGAGGGUCCUGGGAACAGGACAUGCAAGCAGUUCGUUUUGGAGGUCAUGCCAAAAAGUGCUUGCAUAAUUACUUGGGAAGCAUUUCGGCGAGGCUUCUUCAGAUGUUGCAAGACCACAGGCCCGAAAUGGGAAUUAAAACUAAUGACACGAGCCGCAGCCAGACAUCCCGAUUCAAUUAGGCUCCUCCUGUGGCCAGGAUAACCAGGAUAACUAGGGCUACAGUAGUAACAGGUCAAACUCACUGCUCCGACUAGCAAAUGUUCGUGUUUUACUACGGCGACUUUAUUGCAACACAAUGGUAUUUUAAGUGGCAGCAAUAAAAAUGAUUUAUUACCCCACAGAGGCGUCCAUCGAAA